AUGUGGCUGCGUGUACUGUUGAUAUUCUGCGGUCUCGAUGUGCUUUUCGGCAUCGAAGAGUUGCUUCAGCGACAGAAAAUGCACUGUUUCAGCUGCGCCUCGUUCGUCUAUCUACCGCUAUGGCAACAAUUGAUGCAUCAUUAUUAUCCACCGAAGAAUUUCACCGAUCGCUGCUGGCAACCGGACGCCGGAAUCGGAGUGGUACCGUGCACGUCAGCGUGCUUCACACUCGUCGAGCAAGUCGAUUCCAAGGAUUAUAUGCCCGAACAACCCGGAGUUAUGCGUGGAUGUGUCGAUCGACUUCUGCUUUUCGGCCUCGAUGACGAUGUUCGCAAUGUGCUUUCUGGUUAUGAUACGCAGCGAGUGUGUCGAAGGACUGAUCGCAAAUUGCUCAGAUUAUAUCCGUUGACUACUCAGACCGAUCUGGUGAACCUGUGCACGUGCGUCGGCGAUUUCUGCAACGAACACGACAUGCUCCGCGAGCUGAACUCUCAAUUCUCGCCCAGUUUUCUCUUAUUGUUCCCUAUCACCAUUUUUCUCCUUUUAAGGAAUUAG